CUCCAGGCAAGUGUAACUUGGGGACAGUCAGAGGUGCUGGAAGUGGGGCUACUGCCGCCCCCCGUGGCUUGAAGCGGUUUCCAUCACAUCCAGGGUUCACAGUUUGGUUCGAUGGCUCUUAGCACCCCCCCCCUGUACAGAUUGUUCCUGCACCCCUGGGGACAGUGGUUCUUGUAUUGUAGUUGGAGUGUGGUGAGAGGGGUUGAACUGAGCUGUCUGGCUCUCUGAAGGGUGGGCUGGGCUCCUUUUGGUCUGACAGCCAUGUCCACCUUCAGGCAGGAGAAUGUGGAUGACCAUUAUGAGAUGGGAGAAGAGUUGGGCAGCGGCCAGUUUGCCAUCGUGCGGAAGUGCCGGGAGAAGAAAAGCGGCCUGGAGUAUGCGGCCAAGUUCAUCAAGAAGCGGCGCCUGUCGUCCAGCCGGCGGGGCGUGAGCCGGGAGGAGAUCGAGAGGGAGGUGGACAUCCUGCGGGAGAUCCAGCACCCCAACAUCAUCACGCUCCAUGACAUCUUCGAGAACAAGACGGACGUGGUGCUGAUCCUGGAGCUGGUCUCGGGGGGCGAGCUCUUUGACUUCCUGGCCGAGAAGGAGUCCCUGACGGAGGAAGAGGCCACCCAGUUCCUCAAGCAGAUCCUGGAUGGAGUCCACUACUUGCAUUCCAAGCGCAUAGCGCACUUCGACCUGAAGCCCGAGAACAUCAUGCUGCUGGACAAGAACGUGCCAAACCCCCGCAUCAAACUCAUCGACUUCGGCAUUGCUCACAAAAUCGAAGCAGGGAAUGAGUUCAAAAACAUCUUUGGGACCCCGGAGUUUGUAGCCCCUGAAAUAGUGAACUACGAGCCCCUGGGGCUGGAGGCUGACAUGUGGAGCAUCGGGGUCAUCACAUACAUUCUUCUAAGUGGCGCCUCUCCGUUCCUGGGCGAAACGAAGCAGGAGACGCUGACGAACAUCUCCGCCGUGAACUACGACUUCGACGAGGAGUAUUUCAGCAACACCAGCGAGCUGGCCAAGGACUUCAUCCGGCGCCUGCUUGUCAAAGAUCCCAAGAAGCGGAUGACAAUUGCCCAGAGCCUGGAGCAUCCCUGGAUUAAGGUGAUCAAGAGGAGGAACGUCCGCAAUGAAGACAACGGCAAGAAGCCGGAGAGGCGGCGUCUCAAGACCACUCGGCUCAAGGAGUACACCAUCAAGUCCCACUCCAGCAUGCCCCCCAACAACACCUACAUCAACUUUGAGCGCUUCUCCAAGGUCCUGGAGUACGUGGCUGUGGUUGAGGAGAGCCUCCGGGAGAUGGAGAGGAACAAGAAGUCCUUCCGGGAGGACAUCGAAGCCUUGCGCUCCAUCUACGAGGAGAAGGAGUCCUGGUACAAGGAGGAGAAUGAGAUCAUCCGCCAGGACCUGCGCCAGAUCCGGCAGGAGCUGCAGAAGACAGAGGCCCUGAAAAAGCAGACCCAGGAGGAGACCAAGAGCACCCUGCUGGUGGCCAAUGGGCUUAAACGGCGCUACCGGAAGCUGGAGAACCGCUAUGAGGCUCUGGCCAAGCAGGUGGCCUCGGAGAUGAAAUUUGCGCAGGAGCUGGUGUGGUCAGUGGAGCAGGAGAAGCUGCAGGGUGGAGAGGGGGACUGCAGCAUCCGCUAGCCUUCAUCCUCUGAGCUUGUGGGGCUGGCGAGGAGAACACGCUGUGGGGGAGAAUACCUUUGCCAUGGCCUGUAUAGGGGAGACACCCAAUCUGUGCCCACCUGAGCUUCAUCUAUUCACUAGGAGCCCAAGAGGCUUGGCCUUAAUGGCAUAAAACUGGAAUAGACUGCAGCAGUAUUUAGUAUGCAGGUAUGACAGCCUGGACACUACAACUCCCAUCAUGCAAUGCUUCUGAUCCAAACUGUAGUCUGCUGAGCCCACUGCAUGCUGGGACCUGUAGUCUUCCCCAAAUUGCCCCACCAUAUUAAAGGAGAAGGCUGCACUCUUUAUGGGCUGGUCUCCGGCCAGCCCCCUGUUUUGAGGGUAUAUUGGCAAUGGCAGCUUUUAAUUACUUGCGAGUGGGUCCAGCCUUUGUCCAAGGACUUGGGCUGUUUCUUACUCUGAUAUUAACAAAAUCCCAUGCUGAUCAUUGGUAAUGUUCCAUCUCUCUUCCCUGCUGCCUCUGACCACCAGCAGUGAAGCUUUGACUUGUCUAAUUCCCAGGAGCCACGACUGUGGCUAUGCUGACCUGGGUACUGCAGCCGUUUGGAUUUCGAGAGCAUCCUGGCAGCGGGAGCUGCUCUUGCAAGUUCACAAGACUCUUGCCUGUCUGGGGGGAGAGACCAGCGGGUGUUCCCAGGGGAGAGCUGAACGGCUCAGGGAGGGGGCCUUGAUCUGGGCAUUGUACAGACUGUCUCGAUAGCUCCUGACACGUUUGGAGAGCGAAGAGCCAAACCCUUUGGAAAAGGGGCUUCUAGCUGGCCAGUCCGUAACCUGGCUGUCAAGCCCUCCUGACCUGGGCAACUUGCCUUAGCCGGCUCGUGCGGUGGCGGCCUGUCUGUACUCUCGCCCGUAGAAUCUCUCUCUCUCUCUCUCGCUGAUUUGCAGGCUCCUUGAGAGCGGUUGCCUCAGCAGCGUGACCUUCCUUCCUUCCUUCUCGGGAACUGCCUUUGACCCUCAGCGACCCAAGUGCUGCUUUAUUCCCUGGUGUGAGGGGAGGGCUUUAAUUUCUUUUUAACCUCUCCAGGCCACUCUGCUGUUGGAAAUAUGUUUUCUUACCAAUCUGGGCGGAGAAUCGAUCACCUUGCGAUAAUGCGAACCAUUGAGACUAGAGCUGCCUCCCGUCCAGCAGUUACUAGCUAUAACCUGUGGGGCUUGGGCUUGCUUUAGGGCUUCUGGGCACUGGUCCCCGCCGCAAAGGAUUCUCUGGAAUGCUAGGGUGUCCUCUGCGUGAUCCUUGCCCUUUUCCAGGGUUUAAUUUGCACCUCUCUUGGUCCUGGCCAUGGAAGAGACUGGCUGAGCUCUCCUGAGCCAGUGCUGGGUUGGAGAAUUGAAUCUCCUACCUAAUGAGGGCAGGGUUUGGCCUUCUCCUGCCACGCUUCCUCCCUGCUGGCCUCCAUAUCAAAGACCCAGCUUUAUUUGUGGCAGGAGAGCACUGGGAGUCUAGGAUCUUGAACCCAAGCAGGCGUCUUCCCAAGAUACGCUGGGUAGCUGCAGCUCUGACGGCCGCAGGGGCUGCCAUGAACAUACCUGCCCAUGUCAACUCCCUGUGCCUGGUCUGUUCUGCACCUCCUGGCCUGGCUGUUCCUCUGGCGCCAUCUUGGCUGGGGUUGUUCCUGCUCCUUUUUGGAGCCUUUUCCACCUGUCAGUUGCUCGUUGUCUGCUGAAGCAGCUGGAUACCUCCCAACUUCGGUCUCUGCCUGUCCUGUGGCUUCUGUUUUCCCUCCGCUUGGUGCCACUCAGCCCUGAGCCCUCGUAGGAGUUUGUGCAGCCUCUUCUCUAACAACCUCUUUCUUCGUUGUACAAUAGGAGUCCCAGUGUCAUGGAAGCCAGAGGUGGGAGAGAUCAACUAGCAGGCACAUGGAGUUGGCUAACGCAAUGCAGGUCCUUCCUUGCUGUGUCUUCUGCCUCUUCCCUGAUUCUCUUCUCACGCAUGUAACAGGCUGCCUGGCAUCCUGCCCAGUACUCCGGGCCGGCUUUGCUGGCCACGGGAGGGCCGGGCCCUAAGGGUCUCGCCUCACUCCUGCUCCUUGUUCUGCGUGUUCCUAACCCGCUGCUUGUCACCGACCAGAUCUUCAAUUUCAAUCCUGCCCUGGUGGCCUGAUUCAGUGUUUGACCCUAUAGGGCCUAAUGCCCUUGCACGUUUCUCCCCCGCCCUCUCCUUACGUUCGUCAUGUGCAGAAGCCACUUGUCAGGGCUUGUCCCUUUUCUCCCCUACUCCCGCCCCACCUUUGGGCAUGGACUGGCCUCUGCGCACUUCCCAUCUCCCUGCAUGUUGCCAGCAUGCGCCAGCUCAGGGCCUGCGGUCUAUAGUGCUUGAUUUCACUUCCCUGGAGUUAUUCCCGUAACGCCUUCCAACCAGGGACCUGAGAGUGCUUUGCUGAACCUCAGUUGACCCUGUGGGCAGAAUCCGUGUGUGUUUCUAGAGGUGAACUGAAUUGCACAGUCAAGUCAUGGGAACAGAACCCAGGAGUCCUGCCUUCCAUCCCCAUCUCGACCCACUUGCCAAUCCUCUUGCCUGCGAGCUAAACCACAUUUCUGCCUCCACCACCCGUGUCCGGUUACGGCUGCUCUGUGGCCUGUUAUCCAGCCAAGUUUAACUUUGUGUUUCGUCGUCAGUAAAACGUUCGCUGCCCCCUUGCUGCAAUGUACCGACAGCUGCUUUGAUAGUUCAAGGCAACUGUUUGUUUAUAGUUUACCUUGAAUUUCAGUUUCCCUAACUUUGACCCUUACAGCCAUGUUCUGUCUUCAACCCCAGAUCCAAUCAGUCUCCUUUCUUGGCUUCCCUCCCGUCUGUUCUAGCCUGGGGUUGCUCUCUACAACCACCCAGUGCAAGAAAGAGUCUGGGUGCAGACUGGCAGUGGUGGGGGAAGAAACCGUCUCAAGCUGGAAAACAAUAAUCAGGCUGCAAAGGUGGCAUGUGCAGCUUGUCUGGUCUCUUCUAGUCUGUGGACUCCAGCAUCAGGAGGGGAAGAAUGCCAAGAAUGCCCUGGAAGCAGUGAGGAAUUUGUUGUUUUAUGGCUUGUGCAUCUGCAUUGAAAAGCCAAGCAGGCUAGUAGCUGCCUUGCUUCAGAGUCCCUUUUCAGCUGGUCUCUCUAAACCCCUGCUUUCUUCCCUGUCUCUCUGCCUUGUCCUUUUAAGCAAUCUAUGACCAAAGACUUUGAAUCUCACGGGGGCCCAGUCCUUGCAGUUGCCAGAUACCCUCCAGUCCUGUCGUUUUCACUGGGAAUAAAGGAUUGCUUGCCACUUCCCAGGAUCAGGUCCCACGUGACUUCUGCUCUGCGCUCAUGUCACUUGUUGCCAGGCUAUGUAACCAGAGAGGGAGUAGGACCCUGGCGGUCGGAGUUCGGGGCUGGGUGCUGCAAGGCUGUAUCCUGGGUGUGGUCGCAUGUGUCAGCAGCUACACCUGGAAAUCUCUCGACCGUUCUCUUUACCCAGCUUAAGGAUUUGGGCUCCAUACUGUAAAAUGAAAGAGCAAGAAAAUGCCUAGCGGAGAAUAUUGCUGUUGCCUCUUCCUCUGCAGAGGCAACGUUUGAUGCACUUAUCUCAUUCCAAUUGUAUUCCCCUUUUCUCCUGUGCCAUAGCUCCAGAGGCCGUGGAUUCGAAAGGCACCCCCGUGCCUGCGUAAGGUGCAGCAUUGAGGGCUGUCAGGUAACUCUUGAACUCUGAGCUGUAGUGCUCCCGGUGCUGCCUCAGAGAUGAAAUAGACCCGUGCGUUUGUGCCAAUCUGAGUCAAAAGCACCAUUGCAUGUGCCGUAACCCAGCACCCAACUUCCGUAACGAAGUGGACGCCGGCCAGAGGGCGCUUUCAGGCGAACUUAUUCUAGUGGCACAGAAAUGUGUCUGUGAAAUGAGGGAGGGGCCUGGACUGGUUCAUCUCUAGGCCUGUUUGGAUACACAGUCGAUCAGAGAAACCAGAUACUGAACCAAGAGAUGUUGGUUGCCAAGAUCUGCAGAAAACUUGUGUUUUCCCGGCCUGUGAUGUGUGAUCUCCAAGUGUCCUUUCCGUACCAGUGUGCUGUGCGUUCCCAGGGGCUGGAGGAGGGAACCGUGCAGCCACUCCUGUGUGUUCCUGGUUUUUUGAAUACCUUUACCCUCAGUCCUGGAGAAAGCAGGUGCCGGUGCAGGAUUAAAUAGAUGAGGGGAGGCAGGUGUGAACUACCAGGUGAGCAGUGAGGUCUGUCCAUGGGCUGGUCUCGAGCUGCUCGGAUGAGUUGGGAGCCCCCUGGUGUGCCUGGGUGUAUUGCACUGUGGCAAUCCUUGGCUGUCCUUGAGCAAGGACCAGCGUCUCUUCCCGUCCAGGGAAAGUCCUUAGUCACUCCCUGAAGCUGCACGCAGCUGUCAACACAACACAGGGCCUUGAGGAGGGAGAAGAGCGUGGGCUGGAUCUUGGGGAAUCCCGAUGCUUGUCAUGAAUGUGACAGUGGGGCAGAUAGAAACUCCUGUGUGAGAGCCACUAGUUAGUGGGACCCCUGGCCCCUUCCCAGAGAAAGUCUCCACUCUGCCUAGGGGUCCCCAAAAGAGAGGCUGAGAGCGGGCUCUGGGGAACAGCGGCUCUGCCAUUGCUUGGGGCAGGGAGUUGACUGGUCUGUAUCAGAACCUAGGGUUGAAAGGCAGACGGUGCCUCCAGCUCCUUGCCUGAACCCUGUGUUGGAAGGAGAGCUGUAGCACAGCUCAGCAGCAACAACUAGUAGCCAAUCAGUGUUCAACUUUGCCUGAAGGGAGUCAGGGGUUGGCCAAUCACUGACUCUCAGUGUAGACAGGGGCUGAGCCCUCUUUCUUGGUUCACCCACUUGGCUAUCUGGGCUCAUGGGUCGUGUUGUUCUGUGCCAUGCCCUAGUGCCUGUGUAGCAGAGAGCUGUAUUAACCUUGGGCUAGGUUCACUUUUAGUAGGCAGGAGUGACCCCAUGUACCCCUCUGCUCUGGGACACACACAAUCCAGUACCAAUGGGUUACACCAGCCUGUCUUUAUUUUAAGGGAAUAAAGAUUUCUGUAUCAA